AUGAACACCGGCACUGCUACCGGUAGUAAUGAAGUAAGAGUCAACAUUAAGGCUCCCCCUCUUGCUGAUCCGCCCGACAAUGUCUCCACAGUUUACGAUGCUUCGAGAUUUACUGUGACCCUGAGACGACAAGGCGGUACCCUCGCUGUUAGUAUUAUCUCCAACUCCAACGAAUGGGAUGGUAAUACAACUUAUGUGCACAAGUAUAUGCAUCUGGUGCCAUUCGCAAACCCAUGUGGGUACACGACUAUUGCUUCUAAAACUGAGCUUAUAAAUUCAGCAGAGUCUGCGACAGGCACGAUUGAUAUCACCAAGGUACUGCACGACGGCAUGUAUCGCUUUGACAUCGUCUUUUCUACCGACCCAAAGCCGCUUAUGCCGUUGAAAAUUAGGUGCAAGGCUCAUGACAUGAUGCUCACCUUCAUGAAGGAUAAUGAGUCCGCUAAUGUCUGCUUCGUCUUUGAAACAGACAAGAAUUUCACUAAAGUUGGUCUGAUGGCUCAUCGUGCAGUCCUUAUCAAGUACAGCAAGUUUGCUGAGCUCCUCCAAUCUGUUGCUGCCAAGGAUACAGCUCCCCCAAAUGUUGUUCCUCCUGCUUCUGCUCCUUCUGCUCCUGGGGCCGCUAUCAGCGUUAUUCGCGAAGAUGGCGGUUACAGAGCGUUGAUGACAAUCUCAAUGACUGAAUGCUCGUUGGCCGCAUUUUCAGCCAUAGUGCGGUAUAUCUAUACAGGCGACGUCCAGCUUUCGGUCGAUUUGAGCAGUCAUGCUAUGUGCAUAAGCAAGGUAGUGGAGGGUCAGCAUGGUCUCAAGUCCCUACCCCCUGGAUCCCUUUGCUGGAGCCCUUUGGAUACAGGCUCGCCUUGGAAGCUGAAAGAUGUGACGUGGGAGGAGCUGAUGCUGGCGGCCAAUCUUUACGGUAUCACUGACCUUCAAGCGCAGUGUGAACAGGCCGUUAUUAAGCGUACCAAAGCGUCCGAUGCUGUUAAAACCUUGUUUGAAUUUGGUUCCUCCUCUGAUGGGGUGAGGGAAGCAAUGUUGACGAUGAUUGCGGAUAAUAUGGAUACACUCAUCAAGGAUAAGAAAGACCCUUUUGAACUCUUCAAGACCCAUCCAAGCUGUCAUGAUUUCAUCAUGGAAGUCAUGCGUCGCAGAGUCGCGAGAGCAUAA